UGUCAAAAUGAGUUAAUUUUUAAGAACUAAUUAUUCCAUUGAAGUGUUUAAGAAAGUUAUUGUUGCUAGUUUAUGCUUGGUAUAAUUACAGAAAUAUAUGUUCAUUGCUAGGGGUAUGUAAAUUUAUACAAGAUUGAAGGAGCGGCCAGCAUAUUAUGUCUACGAAAAUUUAAAGAUGACUACUAAGCGAUCUAUUUAUAAAUUCCAAUGGCAUGUUAUUUGAUAAUUUUUUUCAUAAUUUUAUGGCAAGUCUUUAAUUUUUAACUUGAAUGACUUUUGCCAGAGCGUUCGAAUAUUUUUAUGAAUAUGGCGAAUACUGCUGCUAACGCUCUCACAGUCCAAGCAUUAUAUUCUUAUAAGGGAACCCACAAUGAUGAACUUACAUUUAAGAGAGGAGAUAUUAUAACAAUUACACAGAAAGUUGAAGGAGGUUGGUGGGAAGGAACUUUGGGAGACAUUACAGGAUGGUUUCCCGCAAAUUAUGUCAAAGAACAUAAUGAACCAGUUACUCUUCCAAAGGCUGUUGAAGAAUCGCAAGCUUGCCGUUUAAUUGUCAUAAAAGACUUACAUGAUUCUGAAAAGGCUCAUGUCGCUGAGCUGCAUGGAUUAUACACAAAUUUUCUACUUCCUUUAGAAAAUAGUGAGAUAUUAACUGUGGAUGAGUUUUCACAAUUAAUAGGCAAUUUCAAAGAUGUGCUUCUAAUACAUGAUAAAUUAUUAUCUGAAAUUCAAAGGCCAAGCAAUCCAGGCAACAUGUAUAAUGAUAGGAUUGGAAAAGCCUUCUUAGAAAUUGCACGCAAGUUUAAAUCUGUGCAUAUGACAUAUUGCGCUAAUCAUCCUAGGGCAGUGGUUAUCAUUGACAAGUAUAAAGAUGAUUUAAAUGCGUUUAUGGAGCAAUCUGGUGCAGCAUCACCUGGUGUGUUAGUUUUAAUAACAGGAUUGAGCAAACCAUUUCGAAGAUUGCAUAAAUAUUCAGCUAUGCUGCAAGAACUAGAAAGACAUAUGGAAUUAUCAGACCCUGAUCGGGGCGAUACUCAGAGGGGUGUAGCUGUAUAUAAAGACAUUGAUAGUGUGUGCAGUGCAACUCGAAAGCAGAAAGAGCUUCAAUUACAAGUAUUAACAGGGCCAGUUAGAGGUUGGCAAGGUCAACCUGUUACAUCAUUAGGUGAUAUAAUACAUAUGAGUUGUGUUUCAGUAGGACCAGAUCAAAAAGAUAGGUUUUUAGUAUUGUUUCCCUCAACGAUAUUGUUUUUAAGUGUCAGUCAGAGAAUGAGUGCUUUUAUUUAUGAGGGCAAGCUACCACUAGCUGGAAAAACAAUUACUAGAAUUGAUGAUUCAGAAUUUUAUAAAAAUGUUUUUGAAAUUGAUGGUCCGCUUAUUGAAAAAAUUAUGGUGACAUGUAAAAGUUCAGGAGAAGCUGAUAAAUGGGUGGAACUUCUGAAUGCUCAUGGAUCUUCUGUGAAAUGCUUACCUCCUUCCGCCAGUUCUUUGAGCAUAACACCUAAACCACCACAUAUGCCACCUCUCACUCCACAAAGUAGUUCAAGUAGAUGUUUUGCUCCAGCCAAAUCUCCUCCAGCAAAGUCUCCAGAUUUACCUAUGUAUCAACAGAGAUCUCAUUCAUUUAAUCAUCAUCAAAGUUUUACACAGUAUGCAAACGAAACUAAACCGCCGAUCAACAAUCAAAAUAAAAAUUUAUCAGCAUGGAAAUCGACAAAUAUGGGUUCUUAUCCACCGCCUCCUUUGAAUAAUUCAUUAAGACAACAAUCAAGAUCAGCUUAUGAAGAUGGUGAUCAAGUAUUUCGAGCCUUUGAAACCUAUUAUACACCUAAUGCAGCUUCAAAUAAUAACACAGCUAAAGGUGAUUCCACAGACUAUAUGAACGAAGUCACAUUGAAGAGUUUGAUGAUCGCCGUCAGCCAAAUGCAGUCAGAAAUGGUCAUAUUGAAGAAACAGAUCCAAGAAGAAAGACAAGCUCGGAUUUUAUUGCAGAACCAAAUUAGGAACCAAUUUUUAGCGACUGGACCACUUUUGGACGCGCAAGAAGUUCUAGAUGCAGCUAGAGAAACGAAAUGCUAGUAAUAUUAAGCCAAAAUAUGAUUUAUUAGCUAUUUUAAAGACUAAGGGACCGAUUCUGCCGCAUAACAGAUAAAUGUUAUGGCAAGGCCAUGUUACGGUCCAGGUUCCAUACAUUAUGGUACUGAAUCAUACUGAAUACUGUCAAAAUGUCAUGUAUUUGCUGUGCAUUCAGGCGUUUUACACAUAAACUGCAACGCCACUCGUAUGUUAUGAAG